UCAAGCAGUAUUUGAGAAGUGUUUGUGAGAGUUACAUUUAGAUAUCUAUAAUAGGUUUUAUUCAUAUAUAUAAUGAAGAAGUUAGUUUUGCUGUUGAUAGUUUCAGUGUCGUUGGAAUUUGCUGUGGCGAUGACAAGAGCUCAGCUAAAGAAGACAUUGACCAUUAUGAAAAACCAAUGCAAGGAUAAAAUGGGAAUCCCUGAAAGCAAAAUCGCAAACAUAGAGAAAGGAGAUUUCAAAGAAGACCCCGAUGUCAAAUGUUACGUGGCGUGUGUUUACAAGACUAUACAAGUUAUUAAAAAUGAUAAGUUAAAUAUGGAGAUGGUGAUGAAGCAAGUCGACAUUCUGUACCCACCAGAUAUGAAAGCAGCCGUCAAAGCUACUAUAAAACAGUGCAUAGUUGUUCAGGACGAUUAUAAUGAAUUCUGUGACCGUGUGUUCUACGCUGCCAAAUGUCUGUACGAGAAAGACCCACCGAAUUUUGUUUUCCCUUGA